ACGUGGUAAAGAAUCAAUUAUAAAUUUUCUUGUAAAGAACAUACCAAAAAGGACGUAAAUAGCGGUGCACAGAAAAAAAUUGGAACUAAACUGUACAUAGACAAGGAUAAAACAACACUUUUAAAAUCAAUCAUGAACAUCCUCCAAUGAAAAUGUAUAUAAUAGCACAAGAUAUAUCUGAAGAAGAUCAUAGUGGUUCAAUUCAAAGAUCAAAUCAAGACAUUGAUUUUAGAAAAAAAAACGUCAAUAUAGGGCUGAUUAUCAUUCCGGUAACCCUCUGCCUAUAGCUUACAUGAGCAUGACUGAUAAUAAUUGAUAGAUAAGAUUAGUGCGUUAGAUGUUUCAUAAAUCACGAAGACUGUGUUGUUGAAUUGAACGACUGGUAGUCUCAAAAAUAACUAGAGAAUUUUUCAAGGUUGUUAUUCACUAUAAACAAUGGAUUUAAAAACUAAUUACAAUGUUGACCACCAAAAUGUGAUGUUGAUUUCAUCUGAAGAUCCCCUUGUUUAUGAAACCUUCAACGCAUUUCACGAAUCUGGUGACGCAGUGGAACACCAAUUUAACGCUAUUAAUGAUUCCUUUGCCACAUUCGAUGAUAAACUGCUUAUUGUACAGAAACCUGUAACUAAAGAUUCUGUAAUCAAAAAUAAACAGUCGUCAUCGGAAAAAUCGUCGUCUGUACACGAAAAUGUUCUAUUCACCGCUGAGGAGGCUAUUUCAAAUUUGUCGGUGGACAAUCUACAGUUGUUUCCUGACCUACUAUUUAACAACGAUCCAAUAGAUGAAAAUUGUCCAAAAAUUCCAACGGCUGAUGAGCUGCAAGAAUUUAAGACACAAGACCAUAAUAUUACGAUGGCUGAUCAAUUACAAGAAGAACUUGUUCCAAUGACCGAUCAGCUCCAAGAAGAGGAACAUAUUCCUAUGGAUAAUGAACUACAACUAGCAUCACCAUCAUCACAGCCUCCAUCUGUGAAGGGUUCAAGAAAGCGACGGCAGUUCCAAAAUAUACUUAUUCCUCACGAGUACAACACUCGUAAGAUGACUUAUAAAAAAAGCCUAGCCAACUUCAUGAAUCGAGAACAAGAAAUGUUAGAGAGGGAAAGAAAUAAUCAACAGAAACCAACAGCACUCGACGCACCCACGGAUCAUGGCCGAUGGAGCCAUACAAAGGAUUGGGUUCAUAUGAACCUACUUAAACUUGAUAUACCAAUCAAAAAGUUUCCAAACUACUCCCAAACCAAGCGCUACAAAACCAGAAAGACUCAUUCCAAAAAUGUACCCGACACCUUUAAAAUUUCAAACGCUUCGAGUAUUCAAAAACCACAUAAACAAUAGGGUUUACGGAAGAAACAUCCAAUCGAAAGCAGAAGUCGGAGAUAUUAUAAUAAAAACAUCAUAAAGCAGAAACAUAUGUAUUGUUCUAAAAUUGUCUUUGUAACAUGGCAAAACAUUGCAUCAUAUAAUAAAAAAUGUUAUAUUAUUAAAACAGUAGGUACUAUUUAUAUGGUUAUACACUUAUACGGUCUGUUCAUUACCCGCUAUCUAUAAGGUUAAGGUUUAUGUUUAGCACACUACAUUUUUAUGUUUAUGUUUAUCGUUAUAAAUUAAUGCUAUGCAAUUGUCUAGAUAUUUAAGAUUAAUAAUAUUGUUCCUCGCCGUAUACACUUAACUCAAUGGUAUUAUUAAAGGGAAGCAUGAUCUACUAUAAGAUAAAUGUAUCAAAAGAUUGUACAUAAUACACCC